UCAUCACCAUCUACUCUCAUCUCAUCUUCAAGCAAUAUGAAAUCACUAACAAUGUUCUGGAUUUCCAUACUAAUGUUCAUUUCCUCUCCAUAUGUGAUUCAUUCUCAGCCUGGUGUAGAUUUCCCAAUCAUUCUCAAUCUCCAGCAUGCCUCUGGCCCUGAAGACACUGCUAUUGAUCCACUAGACCAAGGAAUUUAUACCGGUGUUACUGAUGGCAGAAUCCUCAAAUAUCUGAAUGGGAAUUUCAAUGAUUUUGCUACCACAUCGCCUUACAGGACGAAGGAAAAAUGUGAUGGGAUCAACAUUACAAAUAUACGAGCCGAAUGUGGAAGACCAUUGGGUCUUGACUUUGAUCAUGCUCGUGGUGUGCUCUAUGUGACUGACAUGUUUUAUGGACUUCUAAAGGUGGAAAGAAAUAAUGGUGGGCUUGCAACUCAGCUAGCAGCCGGCGUUAAUGGCAGAAAUUUCAGCUUUAUCGAUGCUGUAGCCGUCGAUGAAUUAACUGCGGACGUGUAUUUCAUAGAUGCCGGCGACAUAUUCCGAUCACUCAACUAUACGCAAAUAGUGCAGAGCGGCGACACGUCGGGGAGACUGCUAAAGUACUCGGCGGCCAAGGGACAAGUAACGGUGUUGCUAAACGGGCUGUCGGGGCCUGCCGGGAUGGCAACGGACAUAGACCAGACAUUCAUUAUGAUCUCUGAGUACAUCGGACGCAGGAUUAUCAAGUAUUUCAUUAGUGGUCCAAAGGCUAAUACAACCCAGACCGUGAUGGAAAACCUUGAAGGAUAUCCAGACAACGUGAAGAGGGGGACAUUAGGGGGUUUCUGGGUGGCUUUGAACAUCCCUAAACCUCAGCAGCAGCCGCCGCCGCCUAUUCCUAUGACGGACUCCAUUGCGGUGAACUUCGACAUGGACGGCAAUAUUGUGAACACCAAGAAUGUGACUGAUACUUUUCCUAACUCAUUCAGUGGGUACCAAGAAUACUCUGAUAUAGCUUAUGUCGGAUCAUUACUGUCGGACUUUGUUGCUGUUUAUACCGCAAUAUGAAGUCUCCGUCUAGCUGCUUACAUAAAGUGAUUUCAAAUUUUAAAACCAAAAUUUAAAUCUUACUCUUUAAAUUCUA